GUGCUCGUGUGGUGGGCUCUGCUGCAGCCUCAAGACCCCACACUGUGCUGGACUCAAUAAAUAUUGUUGGACCAAGGAAUGAAACACAUGAUACAAGUGAGCAGGCAGUACCGGGGGAGCUGUGGAGUGGGCACUCUUACAGGUUUCCAUGGCGAAAGCGGGGGUACAGUUGUGUUCUUUUCUUUCUAAAAGGCUUUCUAAAAAGCUUUCUGUUUAAUUUCUGGAAAAGAAGCCUAACUUGUUCACUACGUAGUCGUCCUUCUUCCUCUCUGGUAACACUUGUUGGUCUGUGGAAAUACUAAUUUAAUGGAUCCUGAGGUUCUGGAAGUACUUUGCUGUGUUCACUCAAGAAUGUGAUUUGAGUAUGAAAUUCCAGCCAGUUCAACUGUUGUUGCCUAUUAAGAAACCUAAUAAAGCUCCACCUUCUUUAUCUCUGAAAGUGAACUCCCUGCUACCUUUGUGGACUGACAGCUUUUUAUAGUCAUGUGACACAGUCAAACAUUAACUUGGUGUAUCGAUUGGUUUUUGCCAUAUAUAUAUAUAAGUAGGAGAGGGCGAACCUCUGGCAGGAGCAAAGGCGCCAUGGCUGUGGAGUCCCAGGGCGGACACCCACUUGUCCUGGGCCUGCUGCUGUGUGUGCUGGGCCCAGUGGUGUCCCAUGCUGGGAAGAUACUGUUGAUCCCAGUGGAUGGCAGCCACUGGCUGAGCAUGCUUGGGACCAUCCAGCAGCUGCAGCAAAGGGGACAUGAAAUAGUUGUCCUAGCACCUGAUGCCUCGUUGUACAUCAGAGACGGAGCAUUUUACACCUUGAAGACGUACCCUGUGCCAUUCCAAAGGGAGGAUGUGAAAGAGUCUUUUGUUAGUCUCGGGCAUAAUGUUUUUGAGAAUGAUUCUUUCCUGCAGCGUGUGAUCAAAACAUACAAGAAAAUAAAAAAGGACUCUGCUAUGCUUUUGUCUGGCUGUUCCCACUUACUGCACAACAAGGAGCUCAUGGCCUCCCUGGCAGAAAGCAGCUUUGAUGUCAUGCUGACGGACCCUUUCCUUCCUUGCAGCCCCAUCGUGGCCCAGUACCUGUCUCUGCCCGCUGUAUUCUUCUUGCAUGCACUGCCAUGCAGCCUGGAAUUUGAGGCUACCCAGUGCCCCAACCCAUUCUCCUACGUGCCCAGGCCUCUCUCCUCUCAUUCAGAUCACAUGACCUUCCUGCAGCGGGUGAAGAACAUGCUCAUUGCCUUUUCACAGAACUUUCUGUGCGACGUGGUUUAUUCCCCGUAUGCAACCCUUGCCUCAGAAUUCCUUCAGAGAGAGGUGACUGUCCAGGACCUAUUGAGCUCUGCAUCUGUCUGGCUGUUUAGAAGUGACUUUGUGAAGGAUUACCCUAGGCCCCUCAUGCCCAAUAUGGUUUUUGUUGGUGGAAUCAACUGCCUUCACCAAAAUCCACUAUCCCAGGAAUUUGAAGCCUACAUUAAUGCUUCUGGAGAACAUGGAAUUGUGGUUUUCUCUUUGGGAUCAAUGGUCUCAGAAAUUCCAGAGAAGAAAGCUAUGGCAAUUGCUGAUGCUUUGGGCAAAAUCCCUCAGACAGUCCUGUGGCGGUACACUGGAACCCGACCAUCGAAUCUUGCGAACAACACGAUACUUGUUAAGUGGCUACCCCAAAACGAUCUGCUUGGUCACCCGAUGACCCGUGCUUUUAUCACCCAUGCUGGUUCCCAUGGUGUUUAUGAAAGCAUAUGCAAUGGCGUUCCCAUGGUGAUGAUGCCCUUGUUUGGUGAUCAGAUGGACAAUGCAAAGCGCAUGGAGACUAAGGGAGCUGGAGUGACCCUGAAUGUUCUGGAAAUGACUUCUGAAGAUUUAGAAAAUGCUCUAAAAGCAGUCAUCAAUGACAAAAGCUACAAGGAGAACAUCAUGCGCCUCUCCAGCCUUCACAAGGACCGCCCGGUGGAGCCGCUGGACCUGGCCGUGUUCUGGGUGGAGUUUGUGAUGAGGCACAAGGGCGCGCCACACCUGCGCCCCGCAGCCCACGACCUCACCUGGUACCAGUACCAUUCCUUGGACGUGAUCGGUUUCCUCUUGGCCGUCGCGCUGACAGUGGCCUUCAUCACCUUUAAAUGUUGUGCUUAUGGCUACCGGAAAUGCUUCGGGAAAAAAGGGCGAGUUAAGAAAGCCCACAAAUCCAAGACCCAUUGAGAAGUGGGUGGGAAAUAAGGUAAAAUUUUGAACCAUUCCCUAGUCAUUUCCAAACUUGAAAACAGAAUCAGUGUUAAAUUCAUUUUAUUCUUAUUAAGGAAAUACUUUGCAUAAAUUAAUCAGCCCCAGAGUGCUUUAAAAAAUUCUCUUAAAUAAAAAUAAUAGACUCGCUAGUCAGUAAAGAUAUUUGAAUAUGUAUCGUGCCCCCUCCGGUGUCUUUGAUCAGGAUGACGUGUGCCAUUUUUCAGAGGACGUGCAGACAGGCUGGCAUUCUAGAUUACUUUUCUUACUCUGAAACAUGGCCUGUUUGGGAGUGCGGGAUUCAAAGGUGGUCCCACCGCUGCCCCUACUGCAAAUGGCAGUUUUAGUCUUAUCUUUUGGCUUCUGCAGAUGGUUGCGAUUGAUCCUUAACCGAUAAUGGUCAGUCCUCAUCUCUGUCCUGCUUCAUAGGUGCCACCUUGUGUGUUUAAAGAAGGGAAGCUUUGUACCUUUAGAGCGUAGGUGAAAUGAAUGAAUGGCUUGGAGUGCACUGAGAACAGCAUAUGAUUUCUUGCUUAGGGGAAAAAGAAUGAUGCUAUAAAAUUGGUAGGUGGUGUAUUUGAGAAGAUAAUCAUUGCUUAUGUCAAAUGGAGCUGAAUUUGAUAAAAACCCAAAAUACAGCUAUGAAGUGCUGGGCAAGUUUACUUUUUUCCUGAUGUUUCCUACAACUAAAAAUAAAUUAAUAAAUUUAUAUAAAUUCUAUUUAAGUGUU